AGACUUCGAAGAAUACACUGUUUGAAAAUGUCUGGACGUGGUAAAGGCGGAGGCAAAACAAGAGCGAAGGCGAAGAGCCGCUCCUCCAGAGCCGGACUCCAGUUCCCCGUGGGCCGUGUCCACAGACAUCUGAGGAAGGGUAACUACGCCCAGCGUGUCGGUGCCGGAGCCCCGGUGUACCUGGCAGCGGUGCUGGAGUACCUGACCGCUGAGAUCCUGGAGCUGGCUGGAAACGCCGCCCGUGACAACAAGAAGACCAGGAUCAUCCCCCGUCACCUGCAGCUCGCCGUCCGCAACGACGAGGAGCUGAACAAGCUGCUGGGAGGAGUGACCAUCGCUCAGGGCGGCGUGCUGCCCAACAUCCAGGCGGUGCUGCUGCCCAAGAAGGCCGAGAAGGCCUGCCAAGAAGUAAACACCCUUAACCGACUUCUGCUAAACAAAGGCUCUUUUAAGAGCCACCCACCUGCAUCUGAGAAGCGUUUCCUUUUGACAACGAAGCAUCAUUCUGUAUUAAUUAUAGUUCAGAUGUGUCACUAGCGUUACAGUAUUCUGUGUUUCAACACAUUAUGUGCCCGUUGUUUGUCUUCAGUAAUAACAUCAACACUUCACUGCUACAGGUGAAGGCUUCACAAUAUCAACCUGCUUUUAUUUAUUAGACGUGUUACACAUGUAACAAUAGUAUUAUUGGUACAAAAUCACUUACCCUUACCCAUAACUACCCUUCAAACUAGAAUUAUUUGGGAACACUAAUAUUCAGCGGAACUGACAUUUAAACAGGCAAGAGCUGUAAUGUUAUACUGCCUGUAAACUGUUUGGGUUACAUAAUGAAUCAUGUUUGAAGUUCAGGACUUAUUGCAUGUCAACAGUUAUUUUAUGCAAACAUAGAACAUUAGUGUCCAAGAUGGGAACAUGGGAAACAUUGGUUCUGAAGCUUUAAGUAUAAUCCGACAUUAAUGUUCACUGGACAUGUUACUAUUUCGUAGGAAAAACAAGUCCGAUAAAAAUACAUCAAACACAGGUUAUAUUAUUUAUUAACUUACCAUACCACAGUGAAACACUAGACAUUAGUUUAACAGGUAUGUUACUGAGCUGCAUUGUUGUACAAGCUGUAGUUUAGCUGCAAAGACUGCUGAUUAACGUUAGUUAGGCUAACGGUUGAGCAGAAGAGCCCUAUGAAGACAGCGCCACUGACGCAUGCGCACUUCUUAUCCCAGAAUUAUGACGGAAAUAGGCCUCCAUAAAAUGAGACUACACACUAAGAACAUUUAACACCUCCAUACCUGUGUAUAUAAAAACAUAGGAGCUCCCAGUGCGAGACAGAUCGCUCACUCGAUAUAUAACAAUGUAUUUAAGUUAUGUAACAAGUUCAAUAAACACUUGAUGCUCGACAUGU